AUGGACCAAAUUCAGGAAAGAAGUCCUGCUAGUGUUUCUUUUGAAGAGCUCCCGUUGGGGGAAUCCGAUCCCCCAUACUCGGCUUGGGGACUUUGGGGUAAAGACGAUGAGCUUGGCAGAACUAAUCUCAUUACUUCGGACAUCACACGCAAAGCUGCUCAAACAGAGAUCAGGACUGGUGAGGUUGUCCAACUCAACUUACCUCUGAACGUGCCUAUCCGUCCCAUGAACCCCGCAAGAGCCAAGCUGUCACAUCGUAUUAUCGUCAAGGAAUAUUCCAACGAUGAUGAGAUCACAAUCAAUACACAAUCAUCCACCCACUGGGAUGGCCCUCGUCACUAUCCUUACCGAGAAGGAAGGCGAUUCUACAACGGCUCUACACAGAGCGAUGUUGCCGGUCCUAAUAAAAAUAACCGUCUUGGAAUACAAAACCUAGCUGAACGACCCCUCGCAUCCAGGGGCGUGCUCUUAGACUGGGCAGACUACGCAGCAUCCAAAAACAAGACGUAUGAUGCAUUCGAAUCUUUCGAAAUUCCGUACACGGAGCUGCAAGAGAUUGCCGACAUGCGGGGCAUCAAAUUCCAGCAAGGAGAUAUUCUAUUUGUGCGCAGCGGCUACGGGCUGCAGUAUAACGCAUUGGAUGAGCCAGCCAAGGACCAGCUAGGCCUUCGAGAAGGCAGUGACCGCAAAUACAUGGGAGUUGCGGGCAGCGUUGAGUCGGCUCGAUGGCACUGGCAGGCAGGGUUCGCUGCCGUGGCGGGUGAUUCAAAUACGUACGAGUCGUGGCCGGCGGUGAUAGAAGGGUCUAGGAUUCGGCUACAUGAAGUAUUUCUCAACGGCUGGGGGAUGCCAAUUGGCGAGCAGUUUGAUCUAGAGCAGCUGUCCAGGAGAUGCAAGGAACUUGGGCGUUGGACCUUCUUUGUCACCAGCCAACCGCUUAAUCUACCCGCCGGGAUUGCUAGUCCAGCCAACGUCAUGGCUAUAUUUUAG